GCUGCGAUGCGUCCACGUCAUCCUCCGUUCAACGAUAUAUUUCCCGCAUCCCCACCUGAAAGCGUCGCGGCGCCAAACCUCAGUCACUGCACCACCACGGCAUAACCGUUCCUCUCUCUCUCUCCCUCUCUAUAUUUCAACGCAGAGACGGAAUUGCAGGGAUUCGGGGGUGCAGAAGCAGCAGGCGAGCUGGCUUCCGCGGAGCAGGAGACGACCACGUUGUUGGGGCCAUGCGAGAAAGCAGGAGGCUCCGAGGGGGACGACGACCUCUUGACGGUAUCUGUUGAAGAAGACGGUGCUGGGGAUCGUGUCGCGGUUGAAAUUCCUGCUACCGCUCAUCAAAUUAGCCAAGAUUCAUGGUUGCAAGUGGGGUUUGUUCUAACAACCGGUGUAAACAGUGCCUAUGUUCUCGGAUAUCCCGGCACUAUCAUGGUUCCAUUGGGUUGGGUUGGCGGUGUGGUUGGACUGAUAUUGGCAACAAUCUUAUCUAUGUAUGCAAAUGCCUUAGUGGCAAAGCUUCAUGAAUUCGGGGGAAGGAGGCAUAUCAGAUAUAGAGAUCUUGCUGGAUUUAUAUACGGUAGACAAGCUUAUACUCUUACUUGGACAUUGCAGUAUGUGAAUCUAAUCAUGAUCAACGUUGGAUUCGUCAUUUUAGCAGGCAAUUCUCUUAAGGCGAUGUAUGUCCUUUUCCAAGAUGACCAUGCCAUGAAGCUUCCGCAUUUUAUCGGAAUAGCGGGGCUUGUGUGCAGUCUGUUUGCCAUUCUCAUACCAAAUUUAUCAGCACUCCGGGUUUGGCUGGCAGUUUCGACAUUUUUCAGUCUUGUGUACUUUGUCAUUGUAUUUGCCCUGGCCCUCAAGGACGGCCUUGAAGCUCCUCCCCGAAAUUACAGCAUUCCGGGAACAAUUACAAGCAGGAUUUUUACAGCAGUUGGUGCAUUAUCAAAUCUCUUUUUUGCUUUCAAUACCGGAAUGCUUCCCGAGAUACAGGCAACAGUGAGGCCACCGGUGAUUGGGAACAUGAUGAAGGCGCUGUAUUUCCAGUUCACAGUCGGGGUUCUUCCAUUGUAUGCCGUCACGAUUGUUGGCUACUGGGCUUAUGGUUUUAAAGCAUCGGCAUACUUGCUGAACAAUGUCAAUGGCCCGGUCUGGCUGAAGGCAGUGGCUAACCUUUCUGCUUUCUUGCAAACUAUAGUCGCUCUACACAUCUUCGCAAGCCCUAUGUACGAGUACUUAGACACGAGGUGCGAUAUCAAAGGAAGCGCGUUAGCCAUCCGUAACUUGUGGUUCAGAGUGGCGAUGAGGGGCGGGUACUUGGGGAUAACGACAUUUGUAUCAGCAUUGCUGCCAUUCUUGGGCGAUUUUAUGAGCCUUACGGGGGCUGUGAGCACGAUCCCGCUUACGUUUGUGCUUGCGAACCACAUGUAUCUGGUGGCUAAGGACUACAAGCUUGAGUCCUUCCAGAAGAGCUGGCAUUGGCUUAAUAUAUGGUUCUUCGGAUGCAUGGCUGUGGCGGCUUCGGGUGCUGCCCUGAGGCUCAUUGCUGUCGACUCCAGCUUUUACCAUUUUUUCGCCGAUUUAUAAUGUUCUUGCGUUGGAUGAUCCCACCGUCUUGUGUCGAAAGUCGAGCAGGGUGACGACGACGAGACAAAUACAUUGCAUUGCAUUCAGACAUCUACGUCUCUGGCUAUCUGUGAGUUUAAAUUACAAUUACAAUUAAUUAUGUUAUAUAUCGUUGAUAAUAUUCCUUCAAAUUUAGGUCAUUUUAGAGGUUAUAUACCAAUGUACUUUAGGUAUGAAAGAAUCAAUAAUGGAAGAACAAAUUAUUUGUCAAUGGUUGCCUGUUCUUAUU